CCGCCAUCAUCAAAUUCCCCGUCGCUGUUACGUCGCGCCCGCGUCCACUGCUGAACCCUGCACAAUAAUAAAUCCCCCGACUCGCGCUAUCUCGUAACCGACGCACUACGACCAGGUACCUAGUUGCCAUACGGUCAUGAUGCAGACGACAAUCUCGAUGCUGCGAUGAACUUACGAGAUGUAGACGACGCCCUCGAUGUUGCCGACGAGGUCGUCCCUGUGGACGCUCCUCCUCAGGCAGCAAUUGCACCACAGCCUUCGCAGAAUCAUUCCCUAAAACACUCCCUUCUCGGACCAUCAUUGACGAAAGCCGGGCAAGAUGCAGUCGACCAGAAGAAGGUGGCUGAAAUCAUCUACGAUGCCUCGAAGGGCUCCAAGUUUUUCGAUAAUGAGGAAGUCAAGGACAGGACCUUGACCGUAAAGAUUGAACGCAUCUUGAAACAAAAGGCACAAUUGGAAAAACUUGACCUAAAAUCCGAUCUACGCCGGGCAGACGACUACAUUACAUCCCUCGAGCUCUCGAGAGACCUGUCCCAAUAUGUCGUACAUAUUGACUGCGACGCCUUCUACGCUGCUGUUGAAGAAAUUGAUAGACCUGAACUCAGAAAUGUGCCUAUGGCUGUUGGGCAAGGCGUCCUCACAACCUGCAAUUAUGAGGCUCGAAAAUAUGGCUGCCGCAGUGCUAUGGCAGGCUUCGUCGCGAAGAAAUUAUGUCCACAAUUGGUAUGCCUACCGCUCAAUUUCGACAAGUACACGGCCAAAGCCAAAGAAGUGAGAGCCAUCCUGGCAGAAUAUGAUCCACGCUUCGAAAGCUCCAGCAUAGACGAAGCGUACGUGAAUAUCACAGAAUACUGUGAUACUCACCACAUAGACCCAGACGCCGCUGUUGAGCAGCUUCGCAAAGAAGUCCACGAGAAAUGCAAGAUCACCAUUUCCGCAGGCAUCGCACCAAACGCCAAGUUAGCUAAGAUUUGCUCGAACAAGAACAAGCCGAAUGGACAAUUCAGGAUACCCAACGACAGAGCGGCGGUCAUAUCGUUCAUUUCAGCCCUCCCUGUUCGCAAAGUCAAUGGUGUUGGGCGUGUUUUCGAGCGCGAGCUCGACGCAAUCGGCAUCAGGACAUGUGGUGAUAUCUACGCUCAACGGGCAUAUUUGCACAGACUAUUUGGCGAAAAGGCCUUUCAGUUUCUCAUGCAGACACACCUUGGCCUGGGUCGAACGAUAGUGCAGCCAGCUGAGGAAUAUGAACGAAAGAGCGUCGGCACAGAAAGUACAUUCCGGGACAUCAGCAACAAAAACGAGCUUAGAGAGAAGCUAAGACAUACUGCGGAGGAGCUGGAGAAGGACAUGGCACGCGUCGAAGUGAAAGGACGGACACUCGUGCUCAAAGUCAAACUUCACACGUACGAGGUGUUUACUCGACAAGUUGCACCUCCAAGAGCUGUCCAUCUCGCAGAUGACCUCUACAAUUUCAGCCUGCCAAUGCUGACGAAGCUCGAGAAAGAUAUGCCCGACUUCCGACUGCGUCUGAUGGGUCUACGCUGCACGCAUCUAAUCAGUACGAGGAAGGACAAACCAAACUUCUUUCGACAAAGGUCUUCUAAUGCGAAAAGUGCAGACCAAGAAAAUGGGGAGUGGGAAGUCUGGCCGGAUUCCGAGUUCGAGGAAGCAGCCCGCCAAGAGCGACAGCAAGAAUUCGACGAGCUCGAACGGCUGAGCCAGGAGCAACCCGACUUUGACCCGCAAAGUUCGACAGCAGACUGGCACGAGCCGUUCGGACGGUACAAGUACGGCAGCGAGCCUAAUUCGCCCGUCGCCAGAGCCGGACAUUUGCGCAACGAAGGUGCCGCCAACAACAAAUCAGGCGCGGAACAGGAACAGCAAUGGGACUGUCCAAUCUGCCAACUCCCGCAGCCAGCAAAUGAUCGAGAUUUCAACGGUCACAUCGACCUGUGUCUGUCGCGGCAGACGAUCAAGGAAGCCGUGGCCGAGGCUCGUCCUGAUCCUUUGCGCGCUUCCCCGGAUGUACUAUCGGUGUCUGCGCCGGGCCUACCCAAGCCCCGCCUCUCGACCAAGAGGAAGGCUUCAGCCUCAACAGGCGUAAAAUCCGGCCUGUCUAAUACCGCCGCCAAUGGCCGCAAACAGAAGAAGCUGUUUUUUACUUAAAAGCACGAACAGUGGUUCAACGAGAAAAUGAUUCAUAGACAAGUCACGAUAGACAUGAGGUGUUGUGGUAGUGAAAAGAUUCUAUAUUUCCAACAGGCCAAUAAUGUUCGGUAUGUACAAGAACAAUAUACGUUACCGUAUGUGCAGGUGAAUGAGCACUGGAUAUAACAAGUCUCUGUACCAUCGAUCCGGAGUCCAUCCACCCUGCCAUGCCAGUCCACAUUGAACAAGCUGGUGGUCAGAUAAUAUAGUUGGAUUUUAACAGUGCCGUUAGUUGAGAG